UAUAAAAAAGAAAACGGAUCAGAGUCGAAUUCAAGUUUAAAUCGAUCUUGAGAUUCCUUGCUAUUGUCUUUGAAGCUUGUAAAUGAACAACAAUUAUCUCAUCCACUCGCGAUCGGGAAUCACCCGUCAUUAUGCGAUUGCUCACAACAGUUAGAACGAUUAGAAUUAGUGACAACGAAAUUUGCCUUGCCACACACAUCACCACUUCUCAUUUCCGGGCCGGGAUCUUUUGCAAUCGAUCCCUCCGGGUCGCCCAUUGAAGCUAUUGCUUCACCAUGACUCUGCACAAAAACCUGAACACUGUGUGCCUUAUUAUGGGGUAUUAGAUUUAUGUUUCGGGCAAAUUAUCCGGGCAUCGGCGUCAGAAAUUCCUCCCACCGUCGGAAUGACGCAAAGAAAAAAAGGCGCAAACUUCUGGGGGCUUGCGAAAAAGGAUUUGCAGCAAACAAACCAGUUCCCAGUGGUUGUGGCAUUCUGCGAGGCCUUCCGAGGUUCAGUUCGCGGCUCAUCGCGAUCAGUUGCGCAUAAUGAUUCGAUCAGGAGGGACCUCCAACCAAACGGUGCUGCUGCUGCUAGUUCUGGCAACGAUUACCUUCGUCGCCGGUAGAGCAGUGAGGAGGACCGUAGAUAACUCCGAUCGGAGUCGAACCGAAGACUACAUCACACAAUACGAGAUCAAUACGGAACGCUACCGGGUCACCACGGACGAUGGCUACCAACUGAUAGUGUAUCGAUUGCUUCCGCAAGUUCCAGCUCAGGGUGCGGUCCUUAUCCAGCACGGAAUUCGUCAAUCGUCUGCCGGUUGGCUGAACCUGGAAAAGAAUCUCCCAAUGCAGCUCUUGGAAGCCGGGAUGGAAGUUUGGCUCGGAAACUCUCGGGCAUCGCCCGAAUCUGCCGGUCACCUUACCUUCUCCAACGACUCAAGUCAGUUCUGGGACUUCAGCUUCCAUGAAAUUGGCUUCUACGACCUGGCGGCUAUGAUAGAUGCCGCCUUGGAAAUCUCUCAGCGCAAACAGCUCCACCUUAUCGCCUACUCCGAAGGAGCUUCAGCUGCGCUUACUCUGCUCUCGGAACGUCCCGAGUACAACGCCAAGAUCACGUCCGUGAAUCUUCUCGCCCCGGCUGCCUUCAUGGCCAACAGUCAGUUCAAACUGGUCGCGUUGCUGUUCAACAAGUUCCGAUUUAUCUUACCGAUGUCCGUCGACCAGAUUCUGAUCAACAGCAAUCAGCUGUCGAAGAACUCCCGGAAACAGUUGGAGCACUACCAGCAGUUGAUCCUUUCCGGGCAGUUUCGACGAUUCGAUCACGGGCCAAGGAGGAACAUGGAGCGAUACGGAAGUCGCGAUCCUCCGAACUACGACCUCUCGAAGAUCACUCGCCCAGUGGUUCUACAUUAUGGCGGCAGGGAUAGCACGGUCCACCCAAAGGACGUCGAACACCUCAGUACCCAGCUGCCGAAGGAAACGGGCGUCCAGUUGAUCGAGUACGACCUGUUGGACCACGGCGACUUUACGUCUAGGACGGAAGCCGCCAGUAACGUUUACCCUAUGGUUGUUGAGGACAUCGUUGCCAAGUCCAAACAAAUAGAGGAAGUAACGGUAGCGAAGGAGGCCCUAAUGAGUGAAUAAGUGCGAGUGCGAAUAAAUUAUUGAUUAGCAAACUAA